UCUAUACCACGGAGAGGCUACAUCGGAUAUUUGUGAGAUACACACUAUAUUUCCACAGUAUUACCUCUACCAGCUGGGCUCUCCACUUAGACAUCAAGGCGCUACCAUCUGUAGACAAGACUCUGAAUAUCCACGAAGCCAGAAUGCCAGGAGCCACUACGGAAGCGUCUGCAAGUCGCGACGACCUGGACGAUUUGUUCAACUAUGAUGUCAGUAUGGACGACGUAUUUAGAGACGUAGGCAAUGCACCGAACGACGCAGAGCAAACUCGCACCAAUGCUGUAAAUGUCAAGAAUGAUUUGGGUAUCGAGGAGGAAGUCAAGAUAGUUAAGAAACGACAGCCGAUACCCAAGUUGGACGAGGCAAGAUUAUUGUCAGCUGCUGGAAUCCCAAAGCUGCGCAAAAUAUCCAAGGAUCGACUGAGGUUCAAGGGCAAGGGACACGAGUUCUCUGAUAUCGCUCGCCUACUCAACACCUACCAAUUCUGGCUCGACGAUCUAUACCCACGUGCGAAGUUCACGGACGCUUUGGUGAUGGUAGAGAAAUUGGGUCACAAGAAGACAAUACAGAUGAUGAGGAGGGCAUGGAUUGACGAAGGAAAACCACGAGUCUCGGAACCAGAUGACUAUGUCGACGAAUAUGAUGUCCCAAGACGUCCGGCGUCCGAAGGGCUUAUGAACGGUGACCAAGCCAACAAUGAAGCGCGUGAAUCAAGAUUAGACGCAAGACUGGCGCAGAGCUCAAGGGGCCAGGAGAAUGCUAGUGAACCUCUCUCACACACCCCAAAUGAUGACGAGCUUGACGCCUUGUUAGCUGAAGAACAAGAAUCUCAUAGGAAUGAAGGCUCUGGCGAUCAAGUUGAUGAUGACGAUCUUGACGCUUUGUUGGCAGAGGAAGAAUCUAUUAUCAACGCAACCAAAUCCACGGCCAAACCGCCGAAAGCCCAUCCCGAAGAAGAAGAAUUUGCGGACGAAAUGGAAGCAAUGGCUGAGAUGGGUGGAAUGGAUGAUCCGUGGUGAUAAUUAUGAUAAAUUCGUGGCAACCGGCGCCAAUCGCCUGGUUUGUCCGGCAUUGUCUUUACAUCCAUGUUCUAAUUGUGCCCAAGUGCAAGUGGGGCUCCUAG